AUGGAAUCAAAACAUAUAAUUCAAUUGGAAGAUUUACCUGAUGAAUUAUUUUUAUUAAUUUAUCGUUAUUUAAAUAAAAUCGAAAUAUUAAAUAGUUUUAGUUGUUUAAAUGAUCGUUUUUCCAAAACAAUUCAUGAAUUUACUGAAGAAAUUGAUUUAAAUUUAAUUCCAUUAAAAUUAAUAAAUCGUUUUCAAAAUGAAAUCUUUCCAAAUAUAAUUUCAAAUAUUCGAUCAAUUAUUUUCAAUGAUGAUUUUCAACGUUUUCCAAUAAAUUUCGAAUUAUUUCCAAAUCUUGAAUCAAUCCAUUUUUUAAAUUCAUUUUCACAAAACUAUCUUUAUAAUGUAAAACAAAUCAAAAUUGAUUUAGUUCCUGUUGAUGCUCAAAUUGAUUUAAUGAAAAAACUUUUUUCAUCAAAUGAUUAUUCAAAUUUAAAAAAUUUAUCAUUUAUUUCUUAUCAUGGUUCAACAUUUUCAAAUAUUCAAUUAACUAAUUCAAGUCAAAUUGAAAAUUUAACAAUAACACUUAAAAAUAAUGUUGAUUUAUUUGAACUUCUUCGUUUAUUAUCAUGUUCUAUUGAAAAAUUACAUAUUCAUAUACUUUAUAAUGGACCAUUUAAAUCUUUAUCAUCAUUACCAUUAAAAUUAGAUAAACUUCAUUAUUUUCAUUUAAAAACAACAUUUGAAGAUUCAAUUAAAUUUAAAGAAUUAGAAAAAUUAAUCAUUGAAUCAUUUUCGUUUCUUCAAUAUUUAUCAAUUGAAACAUUAACACGUGAUGAAAAUUAUAUCAAUGGUUAUCAAUGGGAAAAAUGUUUGAAAAAAUUAAUUUAUUUAAAAAAUUUUAUUUGUUCAAUUCGAUAUCGUUGUAGAAUAAAUGAAUAUGAUGAUGAUCAACAAAUAAAAGAAGAAAAUUUAUUAAAUUCAUUUUCAACUGAUUUUUGGUUAAAUCAACGAAAAUGGUUUAUUAAUUUUUAUUCAACGAUUUCAACUACUAAUGAAACUGUUUUAACAAAUACUUUUAAAGUCAAUGAAUAUAGAAAAACAUUUUUAUAUACGAUUCCUUAUCCUUAUCAAUCUAUGGAUGCAACUAUUGAUAUUAACAAAACAAAAUCAACUAUCAAUCAAUCUAUAACAAGGAGUAUAUAUUCAAAUGUUCGUCAUUUAUAUUACAAUGGUGAAAAUAUUCCAAUUAAAUUCGAAUGUUUAAGAAAUAUUUUUAAUGAAUUUAAAUCAAUAAAUGAAUUGAAACUAGAUCGAUUAAUACUUGAUUCUUGUUCAUUAUUAUCUCAUCAAAUAAAUCUUCCACAUUUAAAUAAAUUAACUAUUUAUAAUAACAGUGGUGAAAAAAAUUUAUUAAAUAUAAAUUUUCUUGAUUUAUCAUCAAUGUAUAAUCUUCGAUAUAUUCGUAUUCCUCAAAUCUCACUUCCCGAUUAUUCUCAAAUGCCAAAACAACUUGAAACUCUUAUAUUAACUGAAUGUCGUGAUCUUCAUUUUGAUUUUAUACAUAAAUACGAAAACUUACGUACAUUAAAAUUAUAUUUAAAUAAUUUUGAUCGAUUAUUAGAAAAUAAUGGACAAUUAAUUAUGAAUCUAAUUAAGUCAAUAUAUAAUAAUAAUAAUAUAAUGGAAUCACUUCAAUUAAUGUGUCCUGGUGCUAAUCAUAAAAAAGUAAACAUGUUUGAAAAACAAUUUAGUUCAACUAAUCUUGAUUAUUUAUAUGCUCAUUUUGAUGGAAAAUGUUUAUUAGCAAUUCAACGAUCUACGGAAUUUUUUAACCAAACAACUUCAUAA